AUGCACUUAUUGUUAUUCAGUGUUAUCUUCAUCGUUUGUGUUUUUUCCGAAGAGACAAUAUUCCCAAGAAAUUUUACCUACAAUGAUGACAGCACUAACACGGCAUAUGCAUGCGUCUCUGGGAUGUAUCUAAACUUUACCGCAACCAGCAAAACUGAUUGCUGUCUGAUUUGCUUAACGAAUGGUCAGAUGAAUUGUUUGGCAGGAAAUUUUUAUCCGCUGGACGGUAGGUGUGAGAUUUUUGAGGUCUGGGCUGAUUAUUAUGCGACGAAUUCUGGUUGUAUGAGUUUCAGGAAAACUGGAUUAUGCCCGCCAGGAUUCACGUACCAGCCAUCAGUGAAAACCUGCCUGAUGUACCUGAAACCAGACAUGGUGUGGGAAGACGGACUGGCUGCGUGCACCAGGGCUGGCAACAACAUCUUCAUGGUCAAAGUCGACUCAGCUGAAAAAGGAACCAAUGUUACUGAGUACCUGGCCAACAUCGGCGUGUUCGACACUUGUUCCAACUCGAUCGAUGACAACAUUGCUUGGACGGGUGGGUCGAGAAAAAACAGACAGUUCACACAGGGAGACUUUUAUUGGUAUGGUCCCAACAAUUCGAUGACCAUCUUUGCCAAAGCUCCCUUAAAUUUGGAAUUUAUACUUGGAAGCUGUGUUGCGUUAAGCAUUCGAUCAGCUAAAUGUUCGUUUUGGAACUCAUUUUUUAAAAUAGUAAUAUCGAAUUGCAAAUAUGAAGCUAAGCUGAAGUUGUUUUGUUUUGAUUGCAUUAUAAUAUUCGAUUGCAAAGCACACACAUACUACAACAACAGAUACUAUCUCUAUCAGAUUAGAGUCUACUCUGAUGUCUAA